AUGAAUUUACCUACACCUAAGUAUAAUUUAAAUGACUUUCCCACUGUUUAUGAGCCCAGAGAGGACACAUUUUUAUUCUUAGAUGCAUUGGAAAAGGAAACUUCUUACAUAAAGAAACUUAACCCUGUAACAGUUGUUGAAAUUGGAUCAGGGAGUGGAGUUGUAAUUACAUCCCUUUCUCACAUUUUGCAACACAAGUGUGUGGUAUUUGCUACAGAUGUUAAUCAAGCUGCUUGUCAAGCUACUAAAUUCACUGCUGCCUUGAAUCACUGUACAGUAGAGUGUAUUAAUAUGGACUUGUUAACAAAUUUUAAGGGCAAAUUAUUUGAUAUCAUCCUUUUUAACCCACCAUAUGUUGUUACUGAAGAUUCUGAAAUUAUUGGCACUGGGUUGAGUAGGGCUUGGGCUGGUGGUAAUAUGGGACGUGUAAUAAUUAACAGACUUUUGUUCAAAUUAAAUGAAUAUUUAUCAGAAAAAGGAGUGUGUUAUAUGGUUCUCUUGAAAGAAAAUGACUUGGACAAUAUUGUUGAAAUUUUAGCAAGUCAAGGAUUCACCAGUGAGAUUGUUUUGCAAAGAAAAAUUCCCGGUGAACAUUUAUUUGUUUAUAAAUUUUACAAAGAGUGGAAUAAAAGUGUAUGACAA